UGUCCUGGUGGCCAGCUGUAAUCAUGAGCGACGGGCGAUGAGUGCCCGCUGAUCAGUGAUGUCCGUGUACGCCCGGGGUCACCGCCCAUGACUUAAGGAGAAUUCAUCAGUGGGAUGUCAAUAAAAACAUUCUCCCUAUGAGAAGAGUGAUCCACAGCUGGUCAUAAUGUCUCACAAGAAAGUCUCCUCCAACAAGAAGGCUUCCAAGAAGAAGAGCGUGGAGCCCUCUGUGGCAGCCAGAGGUUACUACACCGACUCCCUUGGCUUCAUGGCCAUGGACAGCAAUGUCCCGGGCCUGUCCAAUGUCAUCCUCCAGAAGCUGAACAUGAAGAGCUUCGAGGAAUACAGGUCUGCAGUUGAAGGCAGUGAUCUAGCUGCAAACUUUGGCAUUCGGACAUAUGCUGAGAUGUUUCAGAAGAUGGAAGAUACCUACAAGUUCUGUGCCCAGUGCAAAAAGCUGCCGUCUCGACUUCCCGAUCCCCGUGCCAUGAGACGCUGUAAGAGGUGUCAUAAUAUUUACUAUUGUUCUUCAGAAUGUCAGAGGGAGAACUGGCCAGUCCAUAAAAAGUUCUGCAGGAAACUGAAGGUGGCUGCGAUCGACAGGCUUGUUGAGUGGCUGGUAUUCACAGGUGACAUCCCUUUUCCCACAUCUCCAUGGACCAAGUCAACAGCAGAUGUAAAGACAUGGGAAGAUUGGUUUACUAUGCAGGAAAAUGUGGAAGAAAAACUAGACGCCAUCAUCGCCAGCCGCUAUAUGGGAAUCCUUUGGUCCAAUGCCGGAAAACCGAAACCAGAAAACAGUGAAAUCCGAGAGUCUGUCAAACGAUUGACCACUGAUUUCUUCACCAGGCCAAUGACCAUUGGUUUUGGUAUUGAUACCUUCCGUGUUGACCCUUACAAUGGACCGGUCACUGUCCAUGUUGUUGGGGCUUCUCACAUAGAAACCUUAAAUACCAGAGCCACCGACUACGAUGAGCUUGCCAAGAUGUUUCCAGGAAACCAGGGCCUGGAAGUCGUCAUGAUCGGACCUGAAGUGGUGGACGGUCCUGUGAUGAUCCCUCCACUGAUGGCGUAUGGACCACGUGGUAAAGUGUACGUGAGCAGUUACAAGGGCCUAUAUCAUGUCUUCUGGGAGACACUGGUGGAGAACGAACGAGCGGCCAGACCUGACCUCGUGGUGGGAUUCCAUCCAGGAUUUCACGCCUCGCAGGGUCUCGCCGAGGGCUGGCUCCCAACUCUGCUGCUCCUGCGAGACUACAACAUCCCUACGCUAUUCACCAUGUACAGCGAGCAAGAGCUGAAGUAUUCCCUGCAGAUCCUCGCCGAGCUGGACGCUCGGGUCCUGGGCGCCGGACCCUUUCCAUUCUGUUCCCUGAAGCCAGAACAGGUUCAGUCGGACCCCAACAAGCCCCCCGUGAGCAGCAACACCUGUUACCUACUCUUCAGGGGCACAACGUGGUUUGGUUCCGAGACCAACAUGGGGGAGCUGGAGAAGGAGGACUAGGACUGAGCCUCAGAUUAUCAGGUGUCAGUGAGACACUAGGACGAGAGCGGCAUCACGGGCAGACGGCAAACAGCUUGAAGGAGACUUAAUACUGUUCUUAAAGGGGAAGGUGGGGUCCGCUCGCUGCCUACAUUACCUGCAGGGAUGAUGAUCAUAGAUAACUGAUAUUCACACAAUUCCUGUUGGAGAUUAUUAUAAUAAAUACCGAAGCAUUGUGUAAUAUUAUAGCAAUAUACCGUAAUAUCGUA